GUUGAAAGCGUGAUAGUGAUGAGCGGGACCACUGAGUCGAAUGUGGCGCUGUUACGGGCAGUGGAGAAACAGCCGCCCCUGUACGAUCGGCGCGACGAAAAUUACAGGAAGCGCCUGCCGAGCGAGAAUGCCUGGGACAUGGUAGCAUCGGAAGUUGGAGAUACGGUGGAAAAGUGCAAGCGACGCUGGCGUCAGCUGAGAAACGACUAUACCCGUUGGUGCAACGCGGACGCCAAUCGAAAGCGAAGUGGACAGCGUCGAAUAGCCUAUCCGCUGGCCAAUGACCUGCGCUUCUUGGACCGUCAUCUAACCUUGGCCGAAGACGUCCUCAACGAAGACGACCGCAGUGUAUCUUCGGACAAGGACAGGAAUAGCAACAAGGGAAGCGAAAGCAAAGAUAACGGGCAGCAGCCUAAGUCGCCCUUAAAAGGAAUCAACCCGCCGCCAAAAAAAUUAGUCAAGGCGGGAAAACUGAUCAGCCAACUGCUCGAAGAGAAACCCGCAGGGAAACCGCAAGCUAAGGAAAAAUCUGGUAAAGAUUUGGAAGAUACUGAGGAGCCAGAGAAAGUCGAAGAACUGGAUAGUUUCCUGCAAUCGGACGACGACUGCGAAGACGAGGAGCACCUUGAUGGCUACGAUUUCGAUUUGGGGCACGAGAACGAAUCAGCACCCGAUAAGUCAGUAGGAACGGAGAACGCAGAUUCACCCGCCAGCCAAUCGGAGUUCUUCAUCAAGGAAAGCAACGCUCCCCACUUGCUAAUUAUUGGCAAAAAGAACUCGGCCGCUUCCGUUGGUGAGCCAGAAGGUGAUAAUUCGACCUUUAUGGAUUUCUUGGAGGAUGACACGGAUGAUAGUGGCGAUGAAUCCUUUGGGGCAAGGGGAAGCCGUAGCACAGCCAGCAGUAUCUCCGACUCUCCCAAUCGCCGUCUACGCCGAGCGAGUCGUAUGUCAAUUGCUUCCGCUGGCAUCAAGGACUUGCCAAUCCGCAAAGCCGGCCAAAUACAACGAUUGACGCGUUUGCAGCGCAGGAAAUCGAUGAGUGUGGGGGCCGUUCACAGUGUUAGGAGUGCCACAUCGCCGGUGAAGAUGACGCCAGUGCCCAGAUCCACCACGAUCAACAAGCCACCAUCCGGAGCAGUCCAGAUAAAAAAGAUAACUCCGCGGGAUGACAUCUUUCCACGGCCAGCGCCGUCAGCUGGAGGCCAGAGUCAAACUCAGAGCCAAACGAAAGCCGAACAGAUGAUCUUUCCAAAAGGCGAUAGGAUAGUUGUUCCACAAGCGCAGACUUCGCCGGCAAGAAGGCCCGUGGGCAGGCCGCCCAAGCGGCUGCAAUUGAUCCAGGGGUUGGUGGGUCCUCAGCCCAGACCCAACACACCUUCUAAUGACAAGGUUAUGGCCAUGAACAAACCCAGCAGUAGCAGCAGCAUUAUCAACAAAGUCAGCAGCCCAAUACGCACCACCCCAAGCUCCACUAGUUCCACUAGUACCACUGUAACCACAAGCACAGCGACCAAAGUGACCGCCACCAACACCACCCUUAAAGCCCCAGAAAACGUAAUCAAGAUUACCUACAGCGCCGCUUCGACAACCGCUACCACCAGCAGCGUCCAGAGUACCAGCAGCGUCCAGAGCACCAGCAGCAUCCAGAACUCCAGCAACGUCCAGACCACCAGCAGCGUCCAGAGCACCACUAGCUCCCAGAGUGCCUCGGGUACGGUUGUGACUGCUCUCCCCACAACAAGCACUGCAGGAUCGGCCACUCUAGCAACUCACCCACAUCUCACCAUUUUGAAACGCGCCGAGCGGAGCACCCAAACCGACAGCCCGAAUAUCUUCUCCGAUGAUCACUUCUUGGAAAUGAUCAAGCCGCAGAUGCAUGAGAUGAAUCCCCGCCAGAAGAUGCACUUCAAGAAGAAGGUAUUCCAAGCGCUCAUGGAGACCUUCGACGAUGCCACCGAUUUCCCCGCGGCUGGAGAGACGCAGCACUUUAACAUCAACACCCCGUCGGGAUUCGAGCACGUUUCCGAUCCGGAACUGCGACUGGUCAGGGAGCUAGUCAGUAUGGUGAGCGCGGCUAAGGUAACCGCAAUCCGACCCACUGCAGAUAAUCGCACCCAAACUGUUUCGGACGUUUUGCGAGGACCGAACCGUGCCAUCGGGCCACGCCACGUCAUUCAGAGGGUCUUGAAGCCAGGCGCCGGAGUCGAGGUCACCACGAGCAAUGGCACUGCUGUUGGCCAAGAGAAGAAGCUGUACAGGAUCCUUCAGAUGAAUGGCAAGCCGUCUGGCAGCUUGCAUACGUCGCUGGAAAGUCUUCGCAAGGAGAGCGUGGACAGUAACCAAAGCACUAUAAGGGUGGCCAAUGGGCCAAAUGUCAGUCCUAAGGCCAACACUGUUGUGGUGAGACCGCAGGGAUCCCCGAUGAACACCUUGUUUGGCCAGUCGAAUUCAGGGCAUCAAAUUAUAAAGGCCGUUCAACCGGCGAAGGUUACCACCAUGUCCCGUAGGUAUUCAAUUUGCGGCAGCAGCAAUCCCGCCAAUAACGCCGCCACCAUUCCAGCAGUGGCCACUGCCACCGCCGGGAACUCCAACAUCAAUGCCAUGGAUGCGGCCUUGCUGAAGCGGCGACUUAUGGCACCGGCACAGGGAACAGUGUCGCCUUCCCAGAGACCUCGCUACUCCAACGUAGGCCCAGGCCAAAUAGCCACUGUUCAGCAGGGCAGUAGCUUACUUGUUCGAAAGACCGUGGGCAGUGUUCCUGGCCAUGUCCAGAAGCAAGUCUCACCCACCGGCGGAGUCUCGGCGGCCCAGAAAACACCGCAGAUUGCCAGUGUCCAAGGUGGCGCCUUCAGCGAUUUCAUCCAGCCAAAGGCAGCUGCUGCACCAUCUGUUUCCAGCGAUGCAGGUUCGUCAUCCACUGCGCUAAAGCGCAGUUUGGUGGUGGCCAAUAGCAAGACCUCCUUCCAGGACCUUUUGCAGCAGCCGGUGCAGAAGAAGAAGGAAUCCUCGGAGACGGCAGCCACCAUUGCUGCGGAUGAUUUUUCACUGGCUAACCUGAAGCGAGAGCCGGUGGAUCACGACCAGGACGACAUACUUGGCAUUUAAGGAUAAGCCAAACGAAUCCCAGAAGAUUGCAAAAUUAUACCAAUAAUCUUCAAGAUUAAACAUCCAAACAAAAACAAUUGUCUAAAAUAACUAAAUGUUGCUUAAAACAUUUAUCUACUACAUUAUAAAUUUAUAAGUUACAUUUGUCAGUUUUUGAUUUUGUUGCUGCAAAAUUUGCUUAGAGUUUCCUGAGCGCUUUUUUUUUACCAUUUGUACCCACAAACAAAAAAAAUAUUACAGUUACUCCUAUUGUAGCCAUACAUUGUUAAGAAAAUUCGAAUCUAAAUUUCAUUUCACAUGUUCUAGUUAUAUAUAAAUAAUAAAUAUUGCCUUUUCUUCAAAUUGAA